AUGGUUCACAUUGAGCCUGACGUCUGCAGGCACACAGUUGGUUUAAAUGUCUCUUUGAAACAGCAGCUCGUUUUCAAAAUGUCUGACUCCGUUUUGAACAACUCUUGGCCUUCUUUCUCUAAAUUGUGGAUGAAGAGAUGGUCGUUUAAAAGAGCAUCAGAAUGUAAACCGUGCCCUGAAUUUGCUGCUAUACCAGACUCACGAAGUGUAACCCCAGAUGCUGAACCAAGUCCCCCCACUGCGGACACAGGGGAAAUGUUCUUCUUGCCAGAAGAAAAGGAUGACCAGUCGCUUGAUCUGGAGAAAUGCUGCAGUGAUACAGUGAGCAGCGAUGAAGAUUUACAUUCUCUGGACUCUGCACUUCAUGGGACUGAAUAUUACAAGGAUCUAAUAAUGAUGGAGGAUAAGAAUGUUGAUCAAGAAACCACCAAACCUGCAACUGCUGCAUUUUGUGUUGCUAGUGGACCCAAUAUUAGCUUUGACAAUGGAGAAGUUGUAAUCACAUACACUAAGCCUUUCCUCUGUCCAAUGACUUUAGAAACUGGAACCACCUCAGUAUCUCCAGCAAAUAAGGAGGAUGGGUCUCAGGAAGAAUUGGUAAGGGCACAGGAAGCUAUCCCUAUUUUAGUGAGGUCACUUUCAACAUCUAGGCGCCAUAGCUGGGAUGAUGCAGUUUUACCCACAGAUACUGUUCGCAGAUUUAGUCUUGAUGCUUCAGAAAUGGAAAGUGAUCUAGAGAGGGAACUUGAAGCAACCAACAGUGUCACAACUCAAGAGAUUAUUCCAUUAUCUCGAUCAUGGACCACAAAAGCUAACCUGAGAAUAGAGGCCGACAUUGGAGCACUUGAUCUUACAACUGCGGAAACAGAAAACAAGGGUGAAGACAACUCUGGCAAGAGAUUGCGUUCAAAAUCUAUGCCUUCCACACUUGAUAAGAUCUCAACUCCAAGGAUUUCUCGCAGUCUGGAAUCAUCAUGUCCUGUCAUUGAAGUAAUCCAACCACCUCCGAUGGAAGUCAUUGAGAAGGACCAUGUGGAACCAACUCACGUACUAUUUGUGCAACAAGUACUCCAAGAACUGAAGCAGUAUCAUGGGACCAAUAAUAAGCAAGAAGCGAGCAGUGAGCCAAAGCAAAAUUUGACCUGGUUCGAGUUCCUGUCAAACGAGACAGAGGAUACAGGGAAACCUGAGAAAGUGGAAAGAGGGACAAAAGUAAAAAGAAGGCUUAGCUCCCUGAAGAACAGAGUUACUGGAUCCUGGCAGAAGGAUAAGGGUAAGAUGAAAGAGCAGCUGAAAGAGAAGGGCAGAGAUAUGAAGGACAAAUGGAUAUAUACCAAUGGGCAUGAGCUGGUGCCAGGCUGCUUCUCAAGUCACGCCAAAUGCACUUUAUGCACCAGAUCACUUGUAAAUGGGCGUGGACUACAGUGCAUGCAUUGUGCUGUAAAUGUCCAUAAAAACUGCAAGGCAUUACUACCUGAAUGCACCAGCAGCAAAACAAAGAAGGACGGUUCCCACAAGCCAGUAACGCCUAGUCAAAUAUCACUUGUGUCAUAUCAGCAAGCUUCUUUCAAGGAUCAUCCUCGCAUUGCUAUUGUGGGGCUUGAUGGGACUCAUGUACAGGCUCGGGGGCUCGGAAUGACUGUCACUAAUAGAGGAAAUUCAAGAGUGGAAAUACAAGCAACAUCAGGUAGCCGAAAUAGCUCAACAGCAGCAGAAAUGGAUGAACUUGACUCAAAUUUCACAAAGAUGAGGAUCUUCACAGAGGACAAUGUAUCACUGGCCCCAUCUACCACAGAGUCUGUAUUUGUGGAAGAUGCUUUUUAUUCCUCUGUGAGGGCUGAAUUGGAAAGUGAUGCUGUUGAAUUUGAGUUUGAGACUUGGAGUAGUGCCGUAGAGCCGCCAUAUGCCAAAAAGCAGAAGAAAGAGGUCAUCAAGAGACAGGAUGUCAUCUAUGAACUUAUGCAGACAGAAAUGCACCAUGUACGAACACUGAAAAUCAUGUUGAAAGUGUACUCUCGAGCACUGAGAGAAGAACUGCAUGGGAAUAAAGAAGUCCACCAGCUCUUCCCAUGUCUGGAUGAACUUUUGGAGCUACAUGAGCAGUUUCUUGCCCGAUUUAAAGAGCGACGUAAAGAGUCUUUAGAAGAAGGCAGUGAUCGGAAUUAUAUCAUACAGAAGGUUGGGGAUAUCCUUGUACAGCAGUUCUCAGCCGACACUGGUGAGCGAAUGAAGAAUAAGUAUGGCGUCUUCUGCAGCCAACACAACAAAGCAGUUGGUCACUACAAGUUUCUUAUGCGAGAGAAUAAAAAAUUUCAGAAUCUGAUGAAAAAAAUAGGUAAUUCUACUAUUGUGAGAAGGCUGGGGGUGUUGGAGUGUCUCUUACUGGUUACUCAGAGGAUCACCAAGUAUCCAGUUUUGGUGGAAAGGAUUAUUCAGAACACUGAAGAGGGAACUGAAGACUUUGUGGCUUUGACCCAGGCUCUCACACUAAUAAAGGAAGUCAUCACAGAUGUAGAUUGUCGUGUUCACAAGAGUGAAAAAGGACAGCGUCUGGACGAUAUUAUAGGCAAGAUGGAGCCAAAGUCUUAUGGUAAACUGAAGAAUGGUGUGACGUUUAGGAAGCACGACAUGGAACAUAAGCAGCUUAUUCACGAUGGCAUGCUUUACUGGAAGACUGCUUCAGGACGUUUGAAAGAUAUCUUGGCAGUUUUACUAACAGAUGUCUUACUUUUACUUCAAGAGAAGGAUCAAAAAUACAUAUUUUCUUCUGUGGAUGCUAAGCCUCCUGUAAUUUCUCUGCAAAAGCUAAUUGUCCGAGAGGUGGCAAAUGAAGAAAAGGCUAUGUUCCUCAUAAGUGCUUCAUUAAAUGGGCCAGAGAUGUAUGAAAUUCACACUACCUCAAAAGAAGAGAGGAACUCCUGGAUGACGUUCAUUCGAGGGGCUGUGGAGAGUUGUCCAGAUGAAGGGACAGAAUUUCUCAGGGAAGCAGAUGAAGAGCGCAAGCAAGCAUCGGAGCGUGCUGCUAGGAUAAAGGACCUUCAAGACCGCCUUAACAAGAAGGAUACAUUAAUCUCACAAGUGCUCAACGAAAAACUGCAAAUUUGUAUGGAUAUGGCGGAGUUGUAUGGUUUUGACGAAUCGUCGCAAGGGUCCAGGGUCCGAGUUCUUGCUGGAUCUGAUAAUGGAGAGAAUUCAAAAGGAGAAUACCUGCUCCUGUCUGCUAUAGCUGAAGUUGAAACAAUUGAAACUAUGCUGCUAUCAUUAUUCUCCACUGCACCUGAUGACCCCAGCUCUGGUGUUACUGCUCUGCCCAGAAGAUCUGAGACUUUUGGAGGUUAUGACAGUAAUUGCGGACAUAUAAACAGAACUGGCAGUUUUAAUCAGAGAGUCAAGGACCGACGUUCAGAAACUGAAACUCAAGAUCUUGUGCAUAGUGAGCCUGAUAUGCCCAUGUUAGAAAAUCAGAACCCCUCAGAGACUGAGAUAAUUGUGAAGGUGCAGACACUGAUAAAAAUGCUGUAUAGCCUGCAGGCCUUGAUAGCACAGCAGGACAGCUUCAUAGAGGUGCAGCGAGAACGGGAAAAACAAUUCCGACAGCAGUCCAGGGGAAAUUGGUUGCUUGAGCAGGAGAAGCAACGAAACUUUGAAAAACAGAGGGAGGAGUUCGCUAAUGUGCAGAAGCUACAAGACCAGCUGAAACAGGAAAGACAACGUUGGGAGCGUGAAAAGAACAGGCAUCAAAAAGGCAUGGAAGCUACUGAGAUGAUGCUAAGGCAAAGAGAGGAGGCCUCACGCAUUGAAAUGGAAAAGUUGAAGCAGGAACGGAUAGAACUAGAAGCACAGAGAGAAGCCUAUCAGCAUGAUUUGGAAAGGCUGCGUGAAGCUCAAAAAGCAGUGGAGAAGGAUAGAGAGCGUUUGGAGCAGUUGAAGAAAAUAAAGAAGCCAGUCACUGCAGGAUCAUUUACUCCCGACCUGGUGCAGGUUACACUAGGUUUAGCCCAUUCUGCAAGUUUUAAUGGAGAAGGAAUGCAGAACUUAGAAGGAGCUGGUCAUCUGGGUAUGAAACCUUCAGCCAAAACCAGUGCAUCUGUGUCAGCUGCUGACUACCUGGAGAGGCCUGAGGUCACGCGUCGGGACAGUAACUCCAUGGAAUCAAGACCAGCAUUGAAAAAUGAUGUGCCUAUUCAUUUGUUAAGUGCCACUAAUCAGAUCCAGAAGCCCUCAUUACUGACAAAGCAGCAGAUCCCUACGAAGCUGGCCACACUGACAAAAAGUGGGAGGGACAAGUCUGGUAGAGGAAAAGCUUCUCAUCGGACUGAGAGUUCAGCAUCCAUAGGUCACAGGCCCCUUAUUCCAUCCAGAACUUCUGAGAAGGAUGACAGUACUGCGAAGGCUCGAAGAGCAGCUAGUCCGGGUCUAGUUGGCAGUCAAGUAGCAUUCUUUCAGCAAGAGCUUUCAGGACAGGAUUCUACCAGUGAAAUACCAACAUAUCCGUCAAGCCUUUACCGACAAAGCAGUGGCCACCUUCUGGCACCUUCCGUUCCUCCUCCAGCACCUCCCGCUGAUGAAGACACAAACAAGGAAGAUGUUAUCUUUUUCUAGGCUUCCUAGAAA